AUGUCGUUUGUGCAAGAAAAUGCGCUAGAAGGAAAUGUUCCUACCGUUGUCUUCAACAUGUCUUCUUUGAUUACUUUGACUCUAUUUGGAAACUAUUUAAAGGGCAGACUUCCGGACAAUAUGUGCCAGAAUCUUCCUCGUAUUCAAGAGUUGUAUUUUAGUCAUAACCAGCUUGAAGGUCCACUUCCAUCCAUAUAUUGGCAUUGCAAACAACUUGUCAAUUUAAGAUUGGGGCGUAACAACUUCAUUGGAAGCAUACCCAAAAAUAUUGGAAAUGCAACUGAGUUAUCGCAGGAAGUAAAUGUUCUCUCUUGCUUGGAAAAUCUCAAAAUGUUGAGGCACUUGGCCUUCAAUACAAACCCAUUAAAUGCCUACCUCCCUAUUUCCUUCUUUCGAAAUCUAUCUACAUCACUUCAGGAUGUUUAUCUAUACGACUGCAACUUGAGAGGUAAUGUACUUGAUGAUGUAGGCAACUUGAGCAGCUUGGCAGUUUUAUCCAUGUAUAACAACAAAUUAAGUGGAUCAAUCCCAGCCUCACUAGGAAAUUUGAAAAAUCUCCAGGGUUUGAGUUUGGGCAGUAACGAAUUGCAAGGACACAUCCCGGAUGAACUUUGUCAACUAAAAUACCUUGCUAUCUUAGGGUUGCAUGGUAACCAGCUCUCUGGCUCUAUACCUUCUUGUUUGGGUCACCUGGUCACUGCACUAAGAUAUCUCUUCUUACAUUCCAAUUUGUUGAGUUCCACAAUACCAUCUAGUUUGUGGGGACUCACAUAUAUCUUGGAUCUAUACUUGUCAUCCAAUAACCUAAGUGGAUCUCUCUCGGAAGAUGUUGGUAAUUUAAAAGUUGUCAUAGUUAUCGAUUUAUCAAACAACCACUUUUCUGGUAGUAUACCGAGCAACAUUGGGAAUCUACAAACGUUGCAGAAUCUCUCCUUGGAGAAUAACAACUUCAAAGGCCUUAUUCCUAGUUCACUUGGAAAAUCCCUCAGCGUGGUACUUUUGGACUUGUCCAAAAACAAUCUGUCUGGAAUGAUUCCAAAGUCACUUGAAUCACUCAAAUAUCUCAAGAUUUUGGAUCUAUCUUUCAACAAACUCCAAGGAGAAAUCCCAACAGGUGGACCUCUUCGAAACUUCUCUGCUCAAUCAUUUGUGUCGAGUGGGAAGCUCUGUGGUGCUUCCCGGUUCCAUGUCCCAGCAUGCAAGAACAGUAUAUUUGAAGCACAUUCAACUAACUCAAGCAGAUCCAUCUCCAAGUACAUUAUCCUAGGGAUAUUGUCAGCAAUGUUCAUUGUGUCCUCCGUUUGGAUAGUGAUACUACGUAGAAGAAACAAUGUGGAAGCUGCAGAAGAGAAUGAACUGUUAUCUCAACUUCUAUGGAGAGUUUCACACAUUGAACUUGUUCGAGCAACAAAUGCAUUUGAUGAAAGAAACUUACUUGGCACUGGUGGUUUUGGUUCAAGAUUGAGUAUUAUGAUAAAUGUUGCAUCGGCAUUGGAAUACCUUCAUCAUGGUUAUGAACCAUCUAUUGUUCACUGUGAUUUGAAACCCAGCAAUAUCCUACUAGAUGAUGAGGAUAUGAGUGCACAUGUUGCUGACUUUGGCAUUGCAAAACUCUUGUGUGGAAGAGAUUCCAUGACCCAAACCAUCACUCAAGCCACAAUUGGAUAUAUGGCCCCAGAAUCACCAGAAAAGAGGGUGAAUAUGCAAGAUGCUCUAGCCACACUGAACAAGAUCAAGAUCAAGUUUUUGAAGGGCGCUACCGGAGGUGUGGUGUUGAACCGUUCUCUUGUUUAG